GCCAUACGGCUUUCGUAUAGAGCCACUUUGGUUCCGAUAUUCACCCCAAAACCGAAAAAGCUGAGUUCACUCUUCACCUCGCCGUCUGUUAUUUUCGGUCCGGAAACCUAACUACCCAAGAGGAGACUCCAACUUAGAAGAAGAAAGACGAUAUUGAAUAUACAACAGCAAUGCACGAUGUACAAUUCUGGGAAGGUGGCUAAUGUUGAAUUCCAGUCGUCUUGUUUGUUAUCAUUAUUCUGCUUCGUCUUUUCCCAUUUUCACAUCCUGUACCCUGUGAUUUGGGAUCAAUUGAAUAUUCUUUCUCACCUUUGACCAUUGUCGUCUUAUGUUAUCAGGAUAUCAAAUGCAGUUUUGACGGGAGUGUUGGUGAGGGUGGAGAUACUGCAGCAGUUUUGACAGGCAAAUCCAAAAAAGUAGCUUCAGGAGGUGGCUUUGGCAGUUGAUGUGGUACAUGGUAGAUGGCUUUAAUUCUUAUAGCCAUUGCUCUAAUUUUACUGUGGGUAGUUUCGCUGUGCAAAAUAUUUUAUUCUUCCGCGCCUAAGGCCGCAUUUUUCUCUGAAGGCGAAGCGGUUCGAAAAAGAAACAUCUUGCUGGUUGUUGCACACCCAGAUGACGAGUCAAUGUUCUUUUCGCCAACCAUUCUGUAUUUGACUUCACAAGGCAAUAAUGUUCACAUCUUAUGCAUGUCGACAGGUAAUGCUGAUGGCAAGGGGGACACUAGAAAGGAAGAACUUUAUCAGGCUUGUGCUUCACUAAAGGUUGGACCAGAACAAGUCAAGAUCUUAGACCAUCCAGAUUUACAGGAUGGAUUCAACCAUAUUUGGAGCCAGAGCUUGCUGGCAGAGAUUGUUAAAAAAGAAAUUGCAAGUCGAGCCAUUGACUUGUUGAUCACAUUCGAUUGCUAUGGAGUUUCUGGGCAUCAGAAUCACCGUGAUGUACAUCAUGGAAUACAGACGUUCUUGCAUGAGACCCCACAAAGAAGUAUCGAAGCUUGGGAGCUUGUAAGUGUGAGCAUGCUACGUAAAUAUAGUGGACCGGUGGAUAUCUGGUUGUCCUUACUACUUACCAGCUGCUACCCAAGGCAACAAAUGUGUUGCUUGAUAAAUGGGCAUCCACGUAAAAGCUUUCUCGCAAUGGCACAACAUCAGAGCCAGUGGAUAUGGUUCAGGAAGCUGUUCGUGUCGUUCUCCAGUUAUACCUAUGUGAAUGUGCUGAAAAAGAUCAAUGUUUAGGUUUUCAUUUCAGAUUAAGCGGGAUCUGUAAGAAUUUAUUAAUGAUAUGCAUUGUAAUUUAUUAUUUGUAAGAAUUUAUUAAUGAAACUCUAAAUCCUAGACACGGUUGUGGAUUUAGGGGAUCGAAACCGAAACAGAGUCGGAAUCAAAACCUUGUACUUGAACAGUAUUCGUUCAGAAGUUCCGCAUACACCUAAUGGUCGGAUCAAU